AUGACCUCCGCAAGGCGCACACAGCAACGAAUCUACAGCGGCAAUUGCGACGACAGCAACUCUCAGUUGUGCUCUCAGUUGGCGUCCACGUGGGGCCCUAAACACCGCUGUCUAGCUGUUGCCGCUGUAGAUGAAGGUGCUGAAAGUGCCGACUGCGUGGAGGGCGUCGCAGGGGCUAUCUUGAAGAAGAUCCGACCAGGUGUCCGGACGUCGGAGGCGAGCAGUGAUCUGGCGCCUGUGAUAGCCGGGCUAAUUGAAGAUGUGGAAACGGCCGAUGGCAAUGAAGACCGCGUUACGAUGCCACAAGAGCUCAGUCGACCAAGCGGACGGAGGCACUGGGGAUGCGGUUGUGUUCUGGUCGAGCGACGCUCCACGCUCCAGGCAAGAGGAAGGCACGAGAGCCUGCCGUCCGCAGCUGUUUAA